GGUCAGACAGCUGUGGGAAAAUGGAGCAGAAACAGCAGGCUGGGAAAAGGCAAUGUAGUGACUGCGGUGUGUCCUUGUCCCACCGAUAUUAUGAGAAGGAUGGAAGGUUGUUCUGCAAAAAGCACUACUGGACACGAUUUGGGGGGAUGUGCCAAGGCUGUUCUGAAAAUAUCACCAAAGGCCUAGUCAUGGUAGCGGGGGAGCACAAGUACCACCCAGAAUGCUUCAUGUGUUCCCGCUGUAAAGCUUACAUCGGUGAUGGAGAAACAUAUGCCCUGGUGGAGAGAUCCAAGCUCUACUGCGGGCCUUGUUACUAUCAGUUCUCUGUAACUCCAGUGAUUGACUCCCCGGGUUCUAGAUCACCUCACACAGUCACACUAGUGUCUCUCCCAGCUUCAGAUGGGAAACGCGGCCUCUCCGUUUCUAUCACGCCAUCCUGUGCAGAGCACUCUCACACUGUGCGAGUCACUGAGCUUGAUGCAGACUUUUUGGGUCCUGACAUUCAAAGCUCAAUCCAUAUCGGAGAUCGAAUCCUUGAGAUAAAUGGUACCCCAAUUCGUAGUGUUCCCUUGGAUGAGAUUGAUGUUCUGAUACAGGAGACAAGCCGCCUCCUGCAGCUGACAAUUGAGCAUGACCCUCAUGAGACCCCCACAAUGCCGAGCCCUUGCGCAGAAAUUGCAGUCAGGCGGCAAAGGCCAGUAAUGCGCAGUUGUAGUAUAGACCGGUCACCUGGAUCCAGCUGCGUGGGAUCGCCAUCCUGUUCUCGCAGAGACAUGAGCCGCUCUGAGUCGGUCCGUACUGUCACUGGUGUCCAUCGUAUCUUCAGACCCUCAGAUCUCAUCCCAGGAGAGGUGUUGGGCAGGGGAUGCUUUGGUCAAGCUAUAAAGGUUACGCACCGGGUGACUGGGGAAGUGAUGGUAAUGAAGGAAUUAAUUAGGUUUGAUGAGGAAACACAAAGAACCUUCUUAAAAGAGGUGAAGGUGAUGCGAUGCUUGGAGCACCCCCAUGUGUUGAAGUUUAUUGGAGUACUAUACAAGGACAAAAGGCUAAACUUUAUUACUGAGUACAUCCCAGGUGGGACCUUGCGCAGAGUUAUAAAGAGCAUGGAUACGCAUUGCCCAUGGAACCAGAGGGUCAGUUUUGCCAGAGACAUUGCAGCUGGAAUGACAUAUCUUCAUUCUAUGAAUAUUAUCCACCGGGAUUUGAACUCUCAUAACUGUCUUGUACGUGAGGAUGGGGGUCUAGUGGUGGCAGAUUUUGGCCUGUCACGUUUGAUACCCGAAGAGACUCGUGAUCUACGGAAAGACAGAAGGAAGCGUUAUACUGUGGUGGGGAAUCCCUACUGGAUGGCACCAGAGAUGAUAAAUGGAAGAAGCUAUGACGAAUCUGUGGAUGUUUUCUCCUUUGGGAUUGUAAUUUGUGAGAUAAUUGGACUUGUAAAUGCUGACCCUGAUUAUCUCCCUCGCACCAUGGAUUUUGGGCUCAAUGUCCGUGCAUUCUUGGAUAGAUUUUGCCCCCCGAAUUGCCCACCAGGAUUUUUCCCCAGUGCUGUGUUGUGCUGUGACCUGGAUCCUGAAAAGAGGCCAAGGUUCUCACAGUUGCAGCUUUGGUUGGAUUCCCUACUUAGGCACUUAAACCUUCAGCUUCCCCUCAGUUCACAUAUUGAACAACUUGAACAGAAUUUCUGGGAAAACUACAGGAGGGGUGAUAGCACACUUCACGUGCACCCUGAAAUCCCUGAAUAACCCAUGGAGGACGGUUUCAUAAUAAACACCCCCAGACUCAUAUUGCUUUUCUUGCACGGAGUGAAAACGUGCCCCCCCAUGUUCUAACAAAGAGGAUCUGUUGUAUCAGAGCUGGAAAUUGUUAGAUAUCUCAGAAGCACUGAGGGCUUUCCAAAGAUUCUAGAACCCUUCUAGUUCCUCAGGGUGCCUACUGAGUUGCGCUGGUUUCUGAUGGUUCUUUCUGGUGAGCUUGCUUAAGAUAAACCAGGAUCGAUUAGUAAGCCACUUAGUCUUCAGAGUACCAGAAACAAAUUCUGUAGUUCGUAAAGGCGUCAUUACACCACUUCCCUUCCUGCAUGGCGCCACCUUCUCUUGGCAUUUUGUUCAAAGAAAGAAGCAUCCUGCACCUUGUGUAAAUACCUGUAUGUAUAUUUUGAUUGUGCAUAGCGUUUUGUACAUAGCUUCCUUAAUGUAGGUACUGUUUAUCUU